UUAUCACCGGUUGUCGUCUCGCGACAGUCUUCUCUCUCAUCGAGUUACAUCGUGUCUCGCAUUGUGACGGCGAAAUUUUCGUUCACGUUUUCGCACACCUGUCUCAUGCUGUGAACGGUCUUUGAAACAAUCGGCAACGAUCUCACCGCGUCGUGAAAAUCGAACAUAUACACCGUCCACGGCGGUGCGUGUGGAGCGGCGCGCGCGGCGCCACGCCGGCCAAUCGCACUCGGGCGAAACCGUUAGAAGUUUCCGUUGUGUGUGCGCGUUUGAACGAUCUAGUGCACAUUUGUCAUCUGGGUGCGCGAACCACUCCCGCUGGUCGUUAGCGUGUUUUCGCGAAUUUUGUUAGAACAAACCGAGCAACAUGGCUGUUAAUGUGUACGCCACAAACAUGACAUCCGACAACCUUAGUCGCCAUGACAUGUUGGCCUGGGUAAAUGACUGUCUCCAGUCAUCGUUCACCAAGAUCGAAGAGCUAUGUACCGGAGCAGUCUACUGCCAGUUUAUGGACAUGCUGUUUCCUGGCAGUGUACCUUUGAAAAGAGUGAAAUUCAAGACUAACUUGGAACAUGAAUAUAUACAGAAUUUCAAAAUUCUUCAAGGUGGCUUCAAAAAGAUGAAUGUGGAUAAGGUAAUACCAGUGGACAAGCUGAUAAAAGGGCGCUUUCAAGACAACUUUGAGUUUCUGCAGUGGUUCAAAAAGUUUUUCGACGCGAAUUACGAUGGUCGCGAGUACGAGGCUUACGAAGCGCGUGGCUGCAUACCGCUAGGUUCCGGCGUCGACGGAACGCAUAAUCUGUCGAAUCCCCAGUUGGUGCCAUUGCCACCGCAAUCGAAGCAGCCGCAAAUACAACAAAAACACAUACAGCAACGUAACAGUAUUGUACCAAUUGAUAGGCUGGUGAAAGGCAGGUUCCAAGACAACUUUGAGUUUUUGCAAUGGUUCAAGAAGUUCUUUGACGCAAACUACUCGGGAGCAGAGCCGUACGAUGCGCUUGCAAUGCGAGGAGGGGAGCCUAUGGGUAGUGGUGGAAGUAAUGCACCCCGUGGUUCUAACGUGAAACGUACUUCUCCACGUGAAACAGUAACUUCGACUAAAUCUGCUGCCCCUCGUACUGGUGAGGGACACCCAUCUUCGAUGCGCGCAGAUAGUGCAAACACAUUAGUAAAUAAAGCUCAACCGUAUCGUGCGCCGCCCAAGACUACAGCAGUCGGUAGUCGUGGUGACACCGGAAAAAUCGAGGAACUUAGCGCACAGUUGGUUGAGUUGAAAAUGUCGGUCGAAGGCCUGGAGAAGGAGAGGGACUUCUAUUUCGGGAAAUUACGCGACAUAGAGGUGAUGUGCCAAGACUGCGACAACGGCGAUCCACCACCUAUUGUACAGAAAAUAUUAGAAGUCCUUUAUGCAACGGAGGACGGUUUUGCACCACCCGAGGAAUUGGAAGGUGACGGACUCGCACCCGACGACGAGGAGGAAUAUUAACUUUUUUUAUUUACGGAUGUAAUCGAAAAGAACAACAGCAAAUUAUCCAAGUGCGUUUCAGUUUAUCAUGUCUGUAUAAGCCAGUGCCGGUACCCCUGCAUAAUUAUUAAGCUACUUUAUAUAGCAAAUUCAUCAGGUAGAGCAGACUGUGCGUUCGUUCAGUUGAUGAAAUUCACCGAGAUCAUUAAGAUUCGCACGGCAUUAGAAUAGAAAUAAGUCGUGUAGUGCACUUGAAUAACUUGUUCUUUAUGGUCGUUGACGAAAGAGAGAGAGGGAGAGAGAGAGAGGGAGCAGGGAAGAGAAGGGGAGAGGGAGGAGAAAGAAUAAGGAAAGAAGGAAAUCGAUUAGUAAUCUUUUACAAGUUAUUACAAUUCUUUAUAGUGUUACAAACGAUAGAGUUCCGAAGACCAAUGGCUCUCGAGUUGUCGCAAAUUCGUGGAUACCGAUAUCUAUUAAAGUUAUCCGCAUCCAUAUUGUUACGCAACAGCGAUUUACGUUACACAUCUUUUUUUAAUGCGUGAGUGUUUUGUUUGUAAAUGUAUUAAGUUUGUCGAGUCAACUCGAAACUCCCGUCAAUCAGUUUUGCCUUCUAAGAGCUAUUCGUAGCUUCUAUCUGAAAUGAUAUACCCGCUGAGACAGAGCUGCUCGAUCUGUUCAAGUCGUUAUCUACGUGCAAUGUAAGUAGCCGCGCGCAGCGCGCACUCGAUGAUUCUUGCGCGAAAUAGUAGAUUCUCCUGUCAGCGAAACAAUUCAUGUGCCGUCUAUCAUGUUAGUAAUUAAAAUUCAAUUCCGCUUAUUGACAUUCUAAUCUGUGUCUCAUCGCGGAAAAAAAAGAAGAAAAAAAAGAGAAAAUAAACAUGCUGCAUAAUACAUCCGUAGGGAUACGAACACCCGAGCAUACUCUAAUUUUGGCAAAUUAGACAGUGUGCGCUUCGUGAGAGCAUAUUGUGAGACAGAAUGGUACGCUUAUGCAUCGAUCACUGAAUUGUAAGAUUAUGUGAAAGACUAAUUAAAGUUAGAACUCGAUGUAUCGAAAGAUCCGUUUAUAUUGACAUGUUUAUCCCGUACAAAUCGAUUCUAGACAAGGAACGCUCGCAUCUCGACGAUAGUCUCGCGAAUAAGAAUGGCCUUAAAUCUAUGAGAAUUGAAUUUGAAUUUGAGACUUUGGAGAACGUACUCUGAAUUGAGUGCGAGUGAGCGCGAAGCGUUUCUUCAAUUUAUUUCGGGGAAGAAAGUAACGACAACUACGUGACUAUAUUCCUUAAGACACCUGGCUACUCUCCGCGGAAUUCUCGAUCGAUAACGUCGGAAGCGAGGAUGACAAUGCAUACCCAAAAUUUUCUUAUGACGUACGUCAAAAUAAAGAGAUAUAUCCAAAGGAUCGCAAUCGAUUAAGCACAAUUCUAAAGUCGACACUUUUGCUCUAACAAUCAAUAAGUAAUUGUAAAAUUAACGUAACAAAAUAAUGAGGAAAUGAAAGUUCACAAGGAAAGUUGCACAUCACGUUAAUUUUAUGAUUAUUAACUGUUGAAGCAAAAGUCCAUAGUAUUUUAGAGAUACGCUCAAUCGAUUGUAAGUAUAAUUUUUUAAAUAUAUUUCUUUAUAUCUUUUUACUUCGAUAUACUUUGUAGAAAUUUUGGGUAUAUAUGCAUUUCCUCGCUUCUGACGUUAUCAAUCGAAGCAGUUCCGCAGCGAGUAGCCAGGAGCCUAAAGCCACUUUGAUAAGGGGAAACGAAAAGAAGAAAAAAAAAUUGUAAAAUUGUACGUUUCAAGAGAGCGGACGAGUGAAAGACAACGAGCGAAAGGAUUUACGACAUGUAGACGUCCUGUGAGCGCUUAUGUGUGGCGUGUGUAUGUGUGUAUGCGUGUAUGUAUGUGUGUGUAUGUGUUGUGUGUGAGUUCGCACGCAUGUGCUUUUAGUUACCGGUCUCGACGAUACGAAAUGAGGCCGAUUAUCGAUCGUAGGCACAUAAAAAUCAGAUUAAUACUAAGCGAAAAGAGCGUGGAUAAUCGUGAGUAAUCGUUUGGCUAGAAUGUAAUUUGCACUACGUACGCGACUCUACUAAGUUUCCGGCAAAGUGGGACACAGUUUGGCUUGCGCUCCGUUCGUCGCUCUGUACGCGCGCAUAUGUGCUUCGAAAUUUGAAAUUUUAAUGCCGAUGUAAUAAAUGUUUAAUAAAAUCCACCUGAACGCAAA